AUGUUGAACAGUCAACUAUCCGUACUCAAGGCGAUGAAUUCGGACCAAAAGAUAUUUAAAACAGGCAUGUAUCGCACUGGCGAUGACAUCGGUAAUCUUCAAUUCAGGAUAUUGAUUCAUAAAAUACAUUCACUUAUCCAUGUUCCUAACAUGGGAGGACAAAUUCAAGCUUUUGAUGAUACUGCUGGAGACCGGUCAAUGGAAAUGAAAACUGUGAAAUGGCAGGAGAAAAUGUUCAGCCGCUUCGAAGCAGAUUAUUAUAUUCUGAAAGAGAACUGCAAAACAGAGCGGCAGAAAAAGUAUUAUCAUCGUUUGAAAAAAGAAUCGCAAGAAUCUUCCAUUCUGUUCACGUACGUCGAUGGUGAUGAUUAUUAUCCAGAAGAUCUUACUGGAUUCAGCAAAAAACAUGUGAUAUCACAGCUUGCUGAGAGCAAGGUUCAGUCGAUGUACCUCAUGGCAGACUUGGGAAAGGAGGUGUUAUUAUUCAGCAUUCACUGGUACACUGAGCACGGCCUGCUACAAGUAUAUCCGGAUUUCAAUAGUUUGAAUGUAAAUCCUUACUAUCAGGAGAUUCGAGGUUCUAGUUUACAAAUGUACCAUUACGCACUGGAGAAGUGCAAUGUCACAGAACAGCUGUUUGCGUUGCCUCUUCCUCUACCCACUAAAAAACUUCCUUCUCUGGCGUACGGUCGUGAAACGCUCUUCAAUGUACCCAAAAUGCCUAGGCAGAACAAUGCAGUUAUUUUGUUGGAACUCCAAUCUGCCUCUGGUUUCUCAUAUCAUACCGGCGAUGGUAUACAUAUUCGCUACCAGGUGCAACCGUCUGAAGGCGUUCAAUUAGCUAAUAAGUAUGAUUCACUUACCGGGAGCACUCAAAGCUCUAGCAAAAUUGGUAACCGUUGGCAUUUUAGCGAUUGCCGUGAACUACAAUUCACGCUGCUAAAUUGUAACACGAGUUCGCCUAAGAUCGAUGUGUACUUCGAAGCCGUGUCCAUCGAUAGUUCAAACCGAGAGCGGUAUUUUGGUCAUUCCCAUAUGGCAAUAUCUUUCACGCAAAGAAAGGGUGAAAGCACAUUAAAUUUUGUUCAACUCAAUAACGAAGAUGGGGCUGAUGGAAUAGAAGCUUUCCUCGUCGGCAAUCGCCGUAAGGUUGAUCUCGCAUCUUUCUAUGGAAAGGUCUCUCAAAGAAUGCUCAACCGGUAUGGAAAUAAAACAUGCGGAUCAGGCAAACUAAUUGUACGUUAUCACACUAUUGUACAGCAUCAACCAAGUAUUUUAAACGAGGGCUUUUAUAAAUCGACGCUUAUGUCUAAGAACGUAACCCUCGGUCAGCUGAUUGCAGCUUACCAUGCAGCUCGCGAACGCAUGGAGGAACGUGUAAAUUGUUAA